ACAAUUGAAAGGCCUCGAUUGAACAAACGUUAGGACAUGAUGCGCUUCUAUAUAAAUUCAAGGAACAAAAAAGCAAGCUAAUUAAGGUUUUGUGUUCUGCAUAAUUAAUCCAUUAAGUAUAGUGAGAUCUGAGGUGAGGAGAGGAUUAAUUAAGACAAAAUCUAGCCAAACUUGUGUGAAUCUCCCUCUAAUCCAUAUGCAUGAUCCCCCCCCUCUUGCUUUGCAAAUACUGUGAGCUUAAUUAAUUCCAUGUCUCUCUCUAAUUCUGCUUUUGAUGUUGCAAGUUGCAAGAAGCUUCACCUCUCCUAGGGUUUAUACAAGCAGCGGCAUGGACGACUCGAGCCUCUUCUUGCAUUGGGCGGUGAGCACGCUGCAGCACCAGCACCCGGCGGCCGUCGCAGUCGUGGCCGACGACGACGCCACGUUCUUCUCGUUCCAGGAGCUCUGCGACACCGAGGAGGUGGUUGUUGUCCCGGUCCAGGAAGAAGUGAUCACGGAAGCGCAUGGUGGUGGAGCCAGCAGAAUCGGCCUCGCCGUGGCCGUGGAUGAGCACGGAGGCUGGUCAAGGUCCCCGAAUCCGGGGGCCAGGCCGCCGUCUGGUGGAUGCGGCAGCAAUAAUCUGCCCCUGAUGAGCUGGCUUCAGCGCCGCCUCGGUGGCGGUGCAGGUGCAGCCGAACGGCGGCGGCGGUGGCGGCGCGCCGGAGAUGGCGUACGGGUCACCGCCGGCGGCCGGGGGAUCCACCACCAGGAAGACCUCGGCGCCCACGGUGGGGCGGCGGCGGCGUACGCGCAGCUGGAGCACGUCGUCGCGGAGCGGAAGCGGCGGGAGAAGAUCAACCAGCGGUUCAUGGAGCUCUCCGCCGUCAUCCCCAAGCUCAAGAAGAUGGACAAGGCGACGAUCCUCUCCGACGCGGCGAGCUACAUCAGGGAGCUGCAAGAGAAGCUCAAGGCGCUAGAGGAGCAGGCUGCUGCCAGGGUCACCGAGGCAGCAAUGGCGACACCGUCGCCGGCGAGGGCGAUGAACCACCUUCCAGUUCCGCCGGAGAUCGAGGUGCGGUGCUCGCCGACGAACAACGUUGUGAUGGUGAGGAUCCAUUGCGAGAACGGCGAGGGGGUGAUCGUGAGGAUCCUCGCCGAGGUCGAGGAGAUCCACCUCAGAAUCAUCAACGCCAAUGUCAUGCCAUUUCUGGAUCAGGGCGCCACGAUGAUCAUAACGAUCGCUGCAAAGGUAGAGGAAGGCUUCACAGUCAAGGCAGAGGAGAUUGUAGGCAGGCUUAACUCAGCUUUAUACAAACAAGACGUCAGCACUGCUAUUGAGGAAAACAGAAACUAAAAUUCGUACUCCCUCCGAUUUAAGAUGUAAGUUGUUUUAGCUUUCUCAACUUCCCCAAAAUGCAAGUCAUUUUAAACUUCUUUGCAUUUUUCAUCUUAAUUUCCUUUUGAUUAUUCAUCCUUGUGAAAAAAAAUGACUAUUCUUUCCCAAUAAUGCAGUAUACGUAUGAAGAGCAAGAAGUCAUUUGAACUAUAUAUCGCACAAGUUUAAAAUGACUUGAACUUGAAAUCAGAUGGAGAACGCUAUAUAGUACAUCUACAUCAGGGGUUAAUUAAUAUAUACUACCUUCGUUUCAGGUUAAAAGACUUUAUAACACUACUCACAUUCAUAUAUAUAUUAAUGAAUCUAGUCACACAUAUAUAUCUAAAUUCAUUAACAUAUAUAUAUGAAUGUGGGCAAUGCUAGAAAAUCUUAUAAUAUGAAACGGAGGAAGUACGUAUGUAUAGACUUCCUAUACGCGGUAUACAUAUGCACGUGAAAAUACACAUAUGCUUGGAUACAAUGGAGCUUGUACUUGGACGGUCAUGGUAUAUAUAUU